AUGAAAGCCGUCAUCCUCUCCGCCCUCGCGGCAGCAUCAGCCGCUGUUGAGCUCUCAACAAACCUCAACUACCACAGUCCCUCUACCCGUCACUCCAACCUCGGAAUUGACCUUCCUACCGUCCAGCGCCGCACCCUCAAACGUGACUCCGUCCCUUACUCUCCCGAAGACCUCAACUUCACGCACGGCAUAGCCUCUGGCGACCCCUACCCAACGAGCGUCAUCCUCUGGACUCGCGUCGCUCCCUCACUAGCGUCCGACCUCGGAAACAUUACAGUUAAAGGCAACGUCCCUCUCUAUUCUCACGAGACAGAGCGAUAUAUUAAAGCCGAUCCCAAUCCCAUCUGCGUUGAUUGGGCUGUUUGGCCUGCCACAUCGUCCAACACCACCAAGUGGAAGCGUCAAGUGAAUGAGACAGUGGUUGCCAGUGGUAGGGCGUAUACUACAAGCGAUAUCGACUACACGAUCAAGGUCGAGGCUGAAGGGCUGAGUCCGUUUACUGAGUAUAACUACCAGUUCACUAUCUGUGGGUCGGAUAAGAAGAGCGGGAUUGGGAAGACAAAGACGACGCCUGAUAAGAAUGAUGAUGUUAGCGAGGUUAAGUUGGCGGUGUUUAGUUGUAGCAACUUUCGAUUGGACUACGUGGUUAGUAUCGGGGUAGCAUUCGAAGCGAAAAGAAACAUAGGUACUGACGAGUGCCAGAUCCAUCUUGGAGAUUACCUCUACGAAAGCGCUGGUGGGGGCGAGAGGGCGCAUGAUCCCCCGCGUGUAACUUUUACGUUGGGUGACUACCGGACUCGCCAUGGCCAGUACCGCACCGACCUAGACCUCCAGCUCUUGGCAGCGAGCCACCCCUGGAUUCCUACCUGGGAUGAUCACGAGGUGGCAAACAACGGCUACAGAGAUGGUUUCAGUGCGCUGAACAACACCGAGGCUUCGUUCCGUCAAGGUGGUCGGAUGGUCAGUGUCGAUCAGAGAAAGAUGAAUGCUGUCAGGGCCUACUUUGAGUGGAUGCCCAUCAGACAAGUAGACCUGGACGACAACCUCCGCAUCUGGCGGUCUUUUGAACUGGGUAGCCUGGCAGAUCUUAUCAUUCUCGACACGAGAAACUACGACCGCAGUAUCACUUCCCUGGGCUGGAACGAUGCUUACAUUGAGCUCAUCCGCGAUGAGGCCUCCCGCUCUCUCAUGGGUGGCAGACAAGAGAACUGGUUCUAUCGUACGUUGAAAGAGUCCAAGAACAGAGGUGCCAAGUGGAGGAUCAUAGGCAGCCAAGUUAUCUUCUCGGGUGCAGAUGGAGCCGGGACUGACACUUGGGGGGGAUAUACCGCCAACCGCAACCGUACUCUGCAGGCUCUGAUCGACAAUAGCAUUGACAACAAUGUCUUCCUCGCCGGUGACAGCCACCGCAACUGGGUUAGUCCAUUCCAUCCUACCGCGCCCUAUGAUCCAGUAUUGAUAUUCGAUCAGGUCGCCGAUGUUACAUGGCUGGGCCAGUCUGACUACAACCCUACCACUGGGUCUGGAUCACUGGGUGUAGAGUUUGCCGGUACAGCGGUCAGCUCAAGCGGCCGGGCUGGUCCAAUCAGUGCUGCCAACACCUACGCUCGAAAUAGAGUUAGAGACACAGACGUUCUCCAAUGGCACGAGGGGUACUACAGGGGAUAUUUCGUCCUGUCUGUUCAAAAGGACAAGGUGACGGCUGGGUUCUUUGGAUCUCCCACUGUCGCAACGAGAAAUCCUUGGGAACUACCCCUGGCGAAUUUGACUGUUCUCGCGGGAGAGAACAAACUCUCUCGCCCCGUUGCUGGCGGAAAGGUAGAGGCUGGGUUUGCAAAGGGGGGAACCACCACUGGGACCAACCUGACUUUGAACACCGAGACGAAGAAGUGGGAAGUGAUCGGCUUCGAUGACAUGUUUAUUUCUCGUUGA